AUGCGGUAUACGGACGCCUAUAAUCAGGUGUUUUUUAUAGAUGACAUAUGUGGUAGAUUUACAACAAAUAGACAGAAGAUCGAGGAUUGGAUGAGACUUGAUGAAUUUUUCAAACCUAUUCUUCGGAAGGGAAUGACAAAAAUACUGGCUACUUGUCGUACAGAAGUCUUCCUCGAAGAAAUAUUCCAAGCCACAUUUGAGUUAUUCAAUAAAUCUUCAUACAAUUUAUCUGAAAAAUAUUCAUUUAAAGAUAAAUUAGUCAUUGCUGGAAAAUAUCUAAACCAAGAUGAAGAAAUGUUAUCAGCUACUUUACAAAACGUUGACUUCACCCCAUUAAUGUGCUAUAUGUGUGCCAAACAUGAACACUUUGAUAUCAAUGACUUCUUAAACAGUCCAUACGAUACGUUCUGUAAGGAAUGGAAUAAGCUGAAAUAUUUAGACAAAGAGAAAUACUGUGUUUUAUUCCUAUGUGUUUUAUAUAACGGGAAAAUUGAUGAAUCUAUAGUUGAUAUUUCUAAACAGUUAGACAAGGAUGAUCUACUGAAAUUAGGAGACAUUUUUGAAUGCUGUAAUUUAGGCCGUGACACAUCCCGUUCAGCAAUAAAAGACAAACUGAAUGCCUGUAUUGACACUUACUUCAUAAAAGUAGACAAAGAGUACAAAAUUAUACAUGAUAAAAUGUUUGACUUUCUGUGUUGUUAUUUUGGAAAAGCAUUAAUUACACAGAUUCUCAAAUUCGCAGAUGAUAAACUUAUAUGUGAACGUGUACAACUAGAGUCAAUACACAAACCAAAUAGUGAAUUUGCAAUAAUUAUUUCGAUAAAUGAUGAAAGCAAGUAUGUAGAGCGGCUGAAGAAGGAUGUUGAAAAUGGAAAGAUACACUGGUGUUUGAACAAUGUGCAAAUGAGAUACAAAGAAUAUAGAGAAAAGUUGGUGGAUCUUCUUAAAAAUCUUGACUAUGACUUGAAAAAGAGAUUAAUCAACACCAAGGACGUCACGGGGAUUAAUUCCUAUAUAACGUCCUGCUUGCGAGGAUAUGAAGAGCUUGUUAAUUUUUUUGUGUCUGUAGGAGCUAAUGUUGAUGCCAGAAAUGGAUGGUUCACGCCCUUAACAGCUGCGUGUCGGGAUGGGCAUUUAAAGACAGUCGAAAUUCUUCUAAAUAAAGGAUCACACAUAAAUAAAACUAAUGUUGAUGGUGAAACUCCAAUGUAUACUGCUUGUUUUGGUGGUCAUUAUGCUUUAGUUGAACUUUUGAUAGAUAGAAGUGCUGAUAUUAACAAAAUAAAUAAUACUAAUCAUUCAUCUUUGUAUGUUUCGUGUUUGAGUGGUCAUGAUAACGUAGCAAGACUUUUGAUUAACAGUGGAGUUAAUGUUUUCGAAUGUAGUGAUUCACUUAUAGGUGCCACCUGUGGAGGCAGUGUUAAACUAGUUGAAACACUUCUUACAAAAGGAGUCGAUGUAAAUGUUGUCGAUAUGCAAGGGAGAACUGCUUUAUUAAUUGCAUGCGAGGAAGGCUAUACUAAUAUAGUCAAAUUGCUUAUUGACAAAAAAGCAGAUAUUAAUAAGGUCGACAAAAUUGGCAGCACACCUCUGCAUGCUGCUUGCUAUGCUGGAAUCAAUGAUAUAGUGCAAAUUUUGAUAAACAAUUUGGCAGAUGUAAAUAUGCUGGAUAAAUAUAGGGAAACACCUUUGCAUAAAUCAUGUAGAAAAGGAUAUGUAAAUGUAAUACAAACGCUCUUGGCAAAUGGAGCAGACAAAAACAAAGCCAAUAGAGACGGUUAUACCCCUGGAGACUUGGCAGAAACCGAAGGUAAACUUGCGGAUAUAAACAUGUUGAAAUUUCUAGAGACAGUACCCCUAGGAAAACUUAAAGGAAUACGUAUAAGUAAAAGCCACGACGGCAAAUUUAAGAAACAAUCCGUGGAAGCGGAACAAUAUAAAUGGACACCGUUAUAUAAAGCAUGUGACCGGGGUGACGUUGAAACUGUUAAAACACUUUUACUAAACAGGGCAAACGUUAACAUGAAAACAAACAAUGGUGAACUACCGUUGAUUGCUGCUUGUCAACAAGGCCAUGGUAUAUUAAUACAGAUGUUGCUUGACAAGGGAGCGGAUAUAAAUCAAUCAUUGUUAACUGCUAUUCAGAGGGACUAUGAAAGAACAGUUAAUAUUCUUUUAUGCAAGAGAGGGUGUUUUGGAGAUGAUGUGAACACCCUCAUGACAUUGGCAUGCAAAGCGGGUUCGAUAAAGACGAUCAGAAUUCUUUUAGAGAAAGGUGCUGACAUCAAUCAUGUCGACAGCAAUAAAAAUAUACCUAUUUGCAUCGCAUGCACUAAGGGAUUCUUUCAUAUAGUGGAGUUACUUAUUAAAAGAGGUUCGAAGUUGAACUAUCGUUGUAAAGACGGAAAAACACCUUUAUAUCAAGCAUGCGAGCUUGGAUUUCAAACAAUAGCAGAAAUGCUAAUCGUAAAUGGGGCAGAUGUUAAUGAAAUAUAUGCGGAUAGAAAAGCUUUGCAACACAAUAACGAUUUAUACAAGCGUCUGACAGAGAAAGUUUUAGUAUCUAACAUACCAGAUAAAGAUGGAAGAUAUCCUCUUUUCUUAUCAAUAGAUAGAGGGUUUUAUCUGAUAUCAGAGUAUUUAGUACAAAAGGAUUACCAUAUAGCAAUGUUAGAAGAUGAUAGAAAGACAGCUUUGAUUUCAGUAUUUCAGAGUGGAAAAAAUGACUUAUCAUAUUUGCUUGUAUCAAAAGGUUAUACAACUAAUUUAACAAACUUUAAUGCCACUAUGUUAUAUUAUGCAUGUAAGUUAGGUCUAUCUGAAAAGGUUCGGACUUUGCAUGAAAAUAAAGUUGACUUAAAAAUGGUAUAUAAAGAUGGAUACACACCUUUUUUAUUAGCAGACAUUGCCGGAAAUGAUGAUUUGUCGGCGUAUAUAAGCGAACAGUGCAAUUAUACGUUUAUAUCGGACAAAACUUUUAAAAUAGUAAACAGAGGAUAUAACCGUGACAAGAGAUAUGAAUAUCUAUUUCAAGCAUGUAUGAAUGGACACACUGAAGCACUCAUAAAUGAAACAGUGCUUUCAAAACUGAAUAUCAAUAUUUUCUUUAAACCUAGAGAACACAAUUACAUUAUUUGGUUUGAACAAACCCCAUUGUGUUUAGCCAUUAGAAGAGGACACAAAAAAGUAAUAGAAUUACUGUUAAAAUAUGGCGCUAAUGUAAAUCUAACCUUUAAAAAAAAGUGUGUUUUACGAAGGGAUAAUUUAUCCCCCACUAUUCAAUAUGGAUAUACUCCAUUGUUUGCAGCCUUCCAAAGAAAAUUUGAUAAAAUUACUAAUAUACUUUUAGAUAGUGGGGCAGAUUUAGAGGAAACUUUGUACGAUGCUUGUCGGGAAGGCUACAUUGACGCUGUCCAAUUUCUAAUUAAAAAAGGUGCUGAUGUUAAUUCAUGUGUUCGGUAUGGCCAGACAGCGCUGUAUGCUGCAUGUAUCGGCGGAUUCGAUACAAUAGUUAAGUUCCUUAUAGAGCGAGGAGCGAACAUUAAUCAGUUGGGUGAUUCAACGUGUUUGUAUGCUGCAUGCCUUGCUGGUAAUCAUAAGGUAGUCCAACUUUUAAUAGAUAGUGGGGCUUCUGUUGAUGCAGUAACGAAUAAUCGAUCUUGCCUUCAUACAGCGUGUGAAGAAGGAAAUAACAAGAUUAUCGAAAUAAUCAUUGAGAAUGGGGGUGAUAUAAAUGCCUGUGAUUUAUAUGGCAUAACACCAUUAAUGGUAUAUGUAUUAAAAAAUAAAAUGGAUUUCCCUUCGGGAAAAAAUUUUGGUUUGUCAGAAUUCAGAAGAAGAUUCCAUCCAGUGACAUCAGAUUAUCCUUAUCAAUGGGAGAGUUGUAAACUUUCACAACCUGAACUAAAAUACAAUGAUCUUACCGACAGCCAAUACAAAGUGAUUCAGCAACUGAUAAAACAUGGAGCAAAUAUUCAAUCUAAAGAUGUAUUUGGAAGAACACCAUUGUCAGUAGCUAAAGAAACAAAAGAUGAAAAAUUAGUUGAACUGAUUUUAGGUAAAGAAAUCGAUAUUGAUUUGAAAACAAAUAGUGGAGAGACACUAACAUCUGAAGCACUAUUCGAAAACUAUCAGGAUUAA